AUGUCGGAUGAUAACAAUAACUGGAGAGGGUCCAAAUUCCCUCAAGUAGUCGGAGAUAUGGAAAUGAAAUUACGAAUGAGUCAAAAAUGUUUGAGUGGCAAAACCGUCAUCGUUACAGGAGCUAGCACAGGUAUAGGGUUCGAAACAGCUCUCAACUUUGCCAAAAGAGGUGCCAAAGUGAUCUUAGCGUGCCGAAACUACGACAGAGCUGCGAAAGCCCGCCGACUAAUCAUAGAAAAAACCGACAAUACAAACAUUUACGUAAAACUAAUCGACUUGGGUUCAUUUGAGUCGGUUAAAGGGUUUACCAGAGAUAUUAACCAAAAUGAAGACAGACUAGAUAUCUUAGUAAAUAAUGCAGCUGUGGCACAAACAGACCAAAGAAAAUCCAAAGAUGGAUAUUACCUAGGCAUGCAAGUUAACUACUUCUCUUUGUUUCUUCUGACAAAUCUGCUUCUAGAACUGAUGCAAAAAACUGGUUCUGCUCGAAUUGUUAAUGUUUCUUCUGCUGUGGCGAAGCUUGCCUUCAGAGUUGAUUUCAGCGACAUUUGCAAAAAUUUUGAAGAUCUUAAUAUGUAUUGUCGCACUAAGCUGUAUAUUAUACUGUUUACAAAAGAACUGGCUAGAAGAUUAAAAAAUACCACUGUUACAACGUACUCUGUACAUCCAGGUGCUGUAAAGAUUGAUGGUUGUAAAACGACGACGAUGUGGUGGAUUUUUGACAGCAUCAGGAACUGGUUUUCUAAGACGGCUGAAGAAGGUGCCCAAACUAGUAUUUUCUGCUCUCUUGAAAAAAAUAUCGAAAUGUAUAGUGGACGACAUUUUGAGGAUUGUCGAGUUGUGGGUGAUUAUAAUACAGUCGGCGUUUCAGGGCUUCAGGAAACGCUAUGGGACAUGACGGAGAAGUUAGUUGAAACUGAGAGCAAUGCUGAAAAUAGGGCGUACAGGAAUCACAAAGAAAUUGAAUCAAGACUUCAGAACAAAUCCUAA